AUGGGUGUGCUUGUCAUCGCUCAUGGUCAGCCUUCCGUCGAUUCGUUCGGCCCUCGCCGAUUUCGAUGUCAUGCUGAGUCGUCGUCGUCGUCGUCUUGUAUUAGACAGAGACUACACUCUCGACUGUGGCUGAAUCCUCGUUCUGCUCCGUCCAGGCUCCACAAGUUUAGUCUGAGAUGUUCAUUCACUAAUACUGAUGCCUGCAAUUCUGUCGUUAAUGAAGAAGUCCAUGAGGAUAUGACAUCUCUUGAUUCACACUGUCCAGUUCCUGUUGUUCAUCUCAUAUCUGAUUGCCUGGAGACAGAAGCAUUUAGUUUACUUCAAGGCAAUUUUGGAGACAAUAUUUUGACAGUACUACCUGUCUUUUCAGAGGCGGAUCAGAGUGCCAUUGCUUCAUCCCCUGCUCAUCCAGCUGCACUUUAUGCGUUGUAUGCUAGCUGUUUGGCUGGGAAUCUGGUUGAACAGCUUUGGAGUUUCGCCUGGCCUGCUGCCAUUGCUUUGAUCCACCCAAGUCUUCUUCCUGUGGCCGUCAUGGGAUUUUUUGUGAAGCUUGCUGUAAUUGUUGGAGGCCCUUUGUUAGGAGGUCUUAUGGACCAUUUUCCGAGAGUACCAGCAUUUACUUGUUUGACUGUUAUUCAGGUGGCUGCUCAGUUGUUAUCUGUUGGGAUGAUUAUUCAUGCCCAUAAUGUUCAGCCUGGAUCCCCGUCUUCUGUUCUUGCCCAACCUUGGUUUGUUGUACUUGUGAUAGCUCUGGCUGUUGAAAAGCUUGCUGGACUGGCUCUGGGAGUUGCAAUGGAGCGUGAUUGGGUUGUUCUGUUGGCAGGAAUCGAUAGACCAAUUGCUCUUGCCCAAUCUAAUGCGGUACUUAGUCAAAUCGAUCUACUCUGUGAGAUUGCAGGAGCAUCAUUAUUUGGAAUUUUCUUGUCCAAAUAUGAACCAGUGACUUGCUUAAAGAUGGCUUCUAGCUUGAUGGUGUUGUCACUGCCUGUUGUGGUAGUAAUUCUUACAUGGUUAACAAAUAAGCUUUCUGGUGGAGUACUGGAACGUGCCAAAUGUCCACAAACUGGUUGUGGAUAUUCAUCUGCAGGAUCAAUUCCAGAUACUAGAAAUAUAUUUGCCACGAGUAUAGAAGCUAUUAAGCAUGGAUGGUUCGAAUACAUUAAGCAGCCUGUUCUACCAGCAAGCCUUGCUUAUGUGCUUCUCUAUUUCAAUGUGGUUCUUGCACCUGGCGGCUUAAUGACUGCGUUUUUGACACAUAAUGGUUUAAAUCCUUCAAUUAUUGGGGCGUUCAGUGGAUUAUGUGCUUUUAUGGGUGUUGCAGCAACAAUUGUUUCCACAAAAAUGGUCGGGCGACUUGGCAUUCUUAAGGCUGGAGCAGCUGGCCUGAUCUUUCAGGCUGCGCUUUUAACUAUGGCAGUUACUGUGUAUUGGAUCGGUUCUUUCUCAAAGAAGAUUCCACUUGUGCUCUUCUUGUCUUUGAUUGUCUUGUCUAGAUUGGGACACAUGUCAUAUGAUGUUAUAGGGGCACAGAUUCUACAAACAGGGAUCCCUGCAUCUAAAGCAAAUCUUAUAGGGACCACUGAGGUUUCAAUUGCUAGUUUGGCCGAGUCAUUAAUGCUUGGGGUCGCCAUAAUCGGAAAUGAUAUUUCACAUUUUGGCUUUCUGGCCACACUUUCACUUGUGUCGGUAGUUGGAGCAGCUUGCUUGUACUGUUGGUGGCUGAAAAACCCAACUGACAACCAGAGGAAUCUUUUUCUCUUUUGA